UUACCUGCGUUAUCUAGAGGUCCUGAAAUCCUCUGAGAGACGGAAAAAACUCAUCUACACUAUCGCUCUGGAAACCCUAACUCCAUAUCCUAGGGCUCCAUUUUCGCUCGGAAACCCCCUAGCCUUUCAGAACCCUAUUCUGUAGCUAGUAAUCUGUAAAUCACGGCCUCUGAAUCUCUAGCUCUCUUUACCGGCUUUGAUAGCUCCGGGGGGAACUCUAAUUUUCUCUGGGUUUCUUUUGAUUCAUUUGUUUCGAAACCCUAAUUUCUUCAUCAGAACUCUGGUAUUUUUUUUUUUUGGCGACAUCGAAUGUGGUGAGGUUACAAGGUUACCGAGUCCUUUUUAGGUGUUUUUUGCCCCAGUCUGUUGAGCCCUAUUUAUCUUCGGGAAGUAAUUCAUUCAAUUGGAAGAGGAGAUCUACAGAUAUUUUUCUAUAAUUAUAUAAUAUAAAAAAUUGUUUCCCUUUUCUGUUUUUUUUUUUUUUUGCACAUACCAUCGCUUUCUAGAUACUAGUUUUGUUUUCUUUUCUUUUUCCACCAAAACUUAAUUUUCUGUAGGAAAAUCUAAUUGGUUUAGACGUUUCUCUGUAACCCUAGUCUUGAAUCCUUAAUUUGCAAGGCUAGAGAUUUGUUAUCUUAGUUUAAAUCUGGCAAUUAGAACUACUGCUUCUAGUCUUCGGAGGCCUUUGCUCGAAUACACAAUAACACAACUGUGGCUUGUUUGAGAUCGGGCUAGAAAUGGUUGGAGGUGGAAGCAGGAGGGACGAUGGGCCCUUGGGGAUAAGCAAUACGAACGUUUUCGCUGCUCUCGAAAGCCUUAGAAGAAAGAAGAAAUCUGACAAGGAGCAUGGGUCGUCGAAGAGCAAGGGAUCUUCCAAAAACCAGGCCAAGGAACCUGAACCCCAGGUUUACUGGACGCCGGCACCUCUGACGGUGAAAUCCUGGGCCGAUGUUGAUGAUGAUGACGAUUACUAUGCAACAACAGCUCCGCCUAGUGCUUGGGGUUCAACAGAACCACAACAAAGUAAGGAUAGUUCAGCUCCCGUUGAGGAAAGUGAAAGUGAGGAAGAUGGUAUUGAUUUAGGUGAUGAUGAUGUUGAAGAAGAACAUGAGGAAGAACAUGACCAUGAGCCUGAGGUCUCGGUGCAAGCUGAGACGGUGGUGAAGAAGCCUUCUCAAGCUUCUGUGGCACCUAAGGAGGCAGAGAGGCAGCUAUCAAAGAAGGAGCUGAAGAAAAAAGGGCUUGAAGAACUUGAUGCCCUUUUGGCUGAGCUGGGUAUACCCAAGAAAGAUACACCGGGCCCAGAGGAAUCACGUGGUGCUGCACAAGAUAAGAAGGAAGAGGAGCUCAAUGGAUAUUCAGAGAAAAAGGAGAAUGCCACCGGGGAGAGCAAAAGUGCAAAGAAGAAGAAGAAGAAGGACAAAUCUUCAAAGGAAGCUAAAGAAUCACAGGAUCAACUUAAUGGCUCAGACAAUGCACCAGAUGAAACUGCUGGCACUGAACAGGCAGAGCAGACAAGUUCCAUUGAUGUGAAGGAACGGAUAAAGAAGGUUGCAUCUAUGAAAAAGAAAAAGUCAAGUAAAGAGAUGGAUGCUGCUGCCAAAGCUGCUGCCGUUGAGGCUGCUGCUAGGAGUGCAAGACUUGCUGCAGCAAAGAAGAAAGAGAAGAACCACUACAAUCAACAGCCGGUGCGGUAAGGACCCUCUCUCCCUGCCCCCGCUCCCUGGAUAUGAUCGUGUUCAUGUAUUCCCCCGUUCCAUUUGUUGAAGCAAAAUAAACAGCAGUCUCUGGUGUUGGGGAAUAAUCUUUGAUAUGGUACAGCUCUGGUUUUUCCUGGAAGAAUCCAUUUUGACAUUAUAGGUUGUCUCAACGCCCAAAAUGUCUUGUGACAUUAUUAUUCCAGACAAUUUUUCUUAUGCAAAAUUUCUUCUUGCAUGUUGUUAGUUGAUGAACUUGAUAGCUCACUGCGCUGUUCAUUUGGUGCCUUGGUGGUUGUGGUUCCGGUUCACUUAAGAUGUUGACGAGUAUCAGUUGGUGUCAUGAAUGGAUGGAUGGAUGGAUCUACAUGGGAUUAUGAAAUCCAGCCACAAAUGUGUAGCUUGUCUAAGUGUUUGCUGGCGUUAUGAUGCAAAGUUGUAGAGAAUCAGGUGAAAGAAAUAGCCCCCUUGGGGAACACCUUCAUUGUUGUAA